CUGGUGAAGAGAUCAACCGGACCGACGGAGCCUUCAUGAUACUGUCUUCAUCACGCGCAUUUUCUCAACGAAGUCGCCAAGAACGCGUGCCGUACGCCUCGAGAAAGAGAUAAGGGAAACCCUUUGAUAUUCCCCUUCAUUAAAAAGAGGCAGUGUAAUCUAGUGAGAGAUGCCGCUAAGGACCGGACUUUUGCUUCUCGUCGUGCUUAUCGCAGGCGCCUACGAACUGGAUCACAACGAAUCGUAUUCGCCCAGAAGAGCACGCUUCUCCGCCAACAGCCCCUCGGACGUGGCACGCUGCUUGAACAGCGCCCUCCAGGUGGGCUGUGGUGCCUUUGCUUGUCUUGAAAACUCGACGUGUGACACAGAUGGCAUGCACGACAUCUGCAAGUCUUUUCUCUAUAGUGCUGCUAAAUUCGACACUCAGGGCAAGGCUUUCGUGAAGGAAAGCUUGAAGUGCAUUGCCAACGGCAUCACCUCCAAGAUCUUUCUAACAGUCAGACGGUGUUCCACCUUCCAAAGGAUGAUUUCCGAAGUUCAGGAGGACUGUUACAACAAGCUGGACAUUUGCACAGUGGCCAAAUCAAACCCAGAAGCCAUUGCAGAGGUGGCUAAAUUACCAAGCCACUUUCCCAACAGGUUUUAUGGGAAACUACUGCAGAGUUUGAUGGAGUGUGACGAGGAGACUGUGGACCUGGUGAGGGCGAAUCUGUUGACCCGAUUAGGCCCUGAGAUUGCCAUGCUUUUCCAACUACUGCAGAACAAGCCGUGUCCGUCUGCCGCAGUACCUACUGGAAUGGAGACUCGUGGUGGGUGGCGAUGGUCUGUAAGUCCCCACGGAUACAAGAACCAGCCAAAUCUACGCAGCAGAGAUGCCUCUAAUCUUUUUGGCAAGAAACGCAACAUUGGUGACAGCUCUUAACUUCAGACCGAUUUGCCAGUCCAAACUUAGCCAUCAAGCUCACAUACACAAGCGCAAAGUGAAAACACACACACAAAAAAGAAAGCAAGACAAAAAAGCUGUUUAUUUUCCAAGGCUAUACAGGGACACAUUCCUUCUCAACUGGAAAAAAAGGCAUGUACCAGUACAAAAAACAUCUGGAAUGUCUAAGUCAAUAGUUAUCACUUCAUAUUUGAUGACUAGAGUUACAUGUUAUCAGGUUUCAAGGGGAAAUCGGGCUGGUUUACAGAAUGAUACGUGUGCUGGUAAAGUGAUCGCAAAAAAUCGAGUGGGAACCAUCCAGGUCGUAAUAUAUAGAGCUUAUAGACUUAUUUUCAUGAAAAUAGAAAUAAAAGGAUAAAUUAUCAUAUUAAUAAAUAGCCAUCUAUGUGUAUGAAAGAUAUCUUACAGCAAAGAAAAAAACGUAUGUGUAUAUAUACUGAAUCUAGCGUUGAUGUGAAAUAGUUGGCAUGUGCUAUAGAAAUAAGAGUGUACUAUUUAUUUAUUACAGAUAUUUUACUAUUUUAGCUGUUAACUCAAUUUGCGCCUAGCUUUUUUGUGAGUCUCUCCCAUUUGGCGAGAGGUAUCUUCAAAAAUCUAUGUGCAGGAAUUCAUUAAAAUACCAAAAAGUCACUUUGAUGCCCUAAAUCAAACACAUUGAGUACCGCAAUGUGAGAUGCACAGUGAUCCACACUGGACGACCAAUCAUUAGCAAAAACAAACUGACACACAGGAAGGGACAGGAAACUCCUCUUUACAUUUUCAAAACAUUCCUUUGCAAAACGUUAAAGUUGGUGGCUAAAGGAGUUUUUGUCAUUUGAAAAGUUCUCUUAACUCUCGAAUUGUGUCACCGUGAUAAUAACAGUUAAUAACUUGUUAUAUGUUACAGUAGUGCAGUGAAAAAAAACUCUAGGAGGAAAUUCAGUUCUAAGCCCAGAGAGCAUUGUUAGGCUACGACUAAACACAUAUUUUGGUCAACUUGUUGGACAGAUGAACAAGUUACUCCCUGGGGAAUAUGACGCGCCGAAGUGGGUUCCAAGUGUUGUUGAGACACAAGGAAAACCGAAACGUCUAUUUAAAAAAAAGCAUAUCCAUUGACUUAUUAAUAUUUAUUUUCUUACAAUAUUAUUUAAAUGUUUAUUUUGUUACAUUUCUGUGGGCAAUGUUAGUUGAAUCAGCAAGCAUUAGUUUACAGCUUUUUGGUGGAGUUUUAUUGCUUAGCAUCCAUUUUUGGGAGCUAUUUGAAAUGUAUUUAAUCAAUAUCUGUCAUUCUUUCUCUUAGUUGACUGCAAAAGGCCCAUGUUAUGACUCUGUGCUGGUCAUGGGGGAACACGAGUUAGGUCAUAUUCUUGGCGAAUGUUAUACGGGACCACUAUAGUGCACAUUUUUUAAAACGUUUAUUGCCACAUACUGUGUUUUCAUACAGGGUCAUUCAGCUGUUUAUUAUUAGCUUUAACAAAGUCAUUGACAUCCAGUAUUUCAUAGCACUGUUGAUUUUGCUUUGUUAAAAGGGUUGGUUCAGUUCAGCCACUGUAUAUGACACACACACAGUUAGCAUAGACGUUCGAUUUGGGGCAGUAACUGCAAAGUGUUUUCUGGAGCCAUUCUCGACACUAUGCAAUAUACAACGUUUCCAAAAGGCCUAUUUCUCUUGGUGUGUUUACCUACAGUGAAGGGGCAAAUAUCUAUUCAUAAGUGCUUCUUGCGGACGUUCAGAUUAGCAAAGAAAGGAGGGCAAUGUGAAUGACUUUAGACUGAGGGCCAAAUCCAAUCAAACUACCGCAAAACCACUUUUGGCCGUUCCCGCUGCAAAAUGAACCAUUUCACCAGUGAGUUAUUAAACCAUUUAAAUAACCAUUAUUUAUGAUUAAAUAAGUCACAGUUGCUUGUUUUACAAUGAACUUACACUGGCGCCAUGUUGGUACUGUGGUGAUAAAAGAGCAGUUUGAUUGAAUUAGACCCAAAAAGAUGUGUAUGAGGGACGGGCAGAAUGACUGUUUUUCUUAAACCAAAUGAUCUGCAAAUCUAAAACUAAUUCACCAAACUAUGCAAUAAUAUCUAGUAAGGUUUCAAACUAAAAUCCAUGCUAUCAAGCCCUGCAUGGAGUAAAGGGCCAUUUAAGUUUCAAACCUUAAGCAGUAGCUUUUUCUUCACCCAUAUGAAAUCAGAUUCCCAAACCCCUGUAAUAUUUUCUUUACAUAUAAACAGAUAUUUUCUUAAUUUUAUUUUUUGUUCUUUGUUUUAUAUCUAUUUAUGUUUUGUUUGUUUGUUGUUUAUUCCUGCUUAUUUGAUUGCCCUUUUAUGGCCAAAUUGUUAAUCCUUACUUUACUUUCUGUGUAUGUUCAUAUGUGUAUUUAGGAGGCUAAACAAGGUUCUCUCAUAAAAUAUGCACUUUCUGUCUAAUAGGACCACUAUACAAGGGCAUUGAAGCAUUUGAACCUAAGUAUGAACCUUAAUCAGAAUUUGCCAGAAAAGGUGCUGCGUUCUUGUUGGAUGUAGGAUGUAAAGGCAUACAGUUGUAAGGACUUUUUGUUUCGUUUGGGAAUAUGAAAUCGCAAUCUGUUAAACACCAAGGAUGUUCCUGUACCAAACAGUUGCUGCUAAAUAGAAUUCCAACCCCACUGUGUUAUGUUAGAGCUAUUUUUACAAUUCAAAUCCCAUGAUUUCGUCCUGCUUUCACUGUGUGCUCAUCCCCUCGGUUCAUAAAGGGGAUUUUCGAAAUGACCAGGGACUGGAUUAUGUAAUUCAACCACUGUUAUGGAGGUAUCCAAGCAACAAGGUGUCCAUACCAUCUCCAAACCAACAGCAGUGAGUGCACACAUUUGCUUCAGCCCAGUUCAAAGAGAUUAUCUCAAAAGUAGCGUAAAACGUUGAUUACACAUUGAAGCUUUGACCGUUUUAAUAAUGAUUGCACUAUUAUGGAAGGUAUGGGCACUCUUGACUUCGUCUUCUCAUCCGUUGCUGAAUCAAGAGACACUUCAGUUUCAGUGUAAUUGUAUUUUAUUUUGUUAAAUUAUUACAUUGCAUUUCUUAGACUGCUGUGGAGACGAUACUUGUUCUCAUUCAUUCAAAGCCUCUAUCCAUGUAGCUCGCCAUGUUACUCAUAUAUUGUGAUUCAGAGAAUUUUCCAAAUGUAAUGGAUUUUGUAAACUUCAGAGAAUGUAUAUUUUAUCAAAUGUCUGUAUAUGGUUCAAAGGGAUGCCUACAGCGCUGAACGUUUAUUGCAGCCCUCGGUCAUUCGAACUUGAAUAGCAUUGUGUCCUUAACGUGAUUUAUGGUGGAUUAGCAAAGCUUGGAGACUGACCCUUCUUGUUGCCAAAUUUAAAGUUUAUAUAACCACUGCCUCAAGGAAACAUUUAGACUCCGAGUCUUAAAAUUUAAUUCUGAAACAUUUUUGCCUGAGUUAUAGAAAUAGAGUAGAAUGUAGUCUAGGAGUGAUUGGAAUUGAAGCUAUGUGUGAUAAAAUUGUCCCACUAAUAUGGUAAGACAUGUUUUAGGUUAAUUUAGUGCUCAAUUAUUAAUGUCAAUGAUCAUUACCAGAGAAAACAAAAUGCACUACAACAGAGGUGAUCUGUUAAUACAGGUCCUUCGAUAUCUCUGAUUCACCAAGAAUUGGUGAGAUUUCCUCUUUGACCCAGGGCCAUGUUGACUAGGCUGUAAAAGCCGUUAAAACUGUAUGGUACUCUCUCCUUUUAAAACUUGAAGUCACUUAUAUCUCUCAUAUUCCUGUUUAUGUUAAAAAUAAAUGUUAUAUUUUCAGAGAUUUAUGCACCCUUUUAAAAUGCAGUAUGAAACCAAAAUAAGACUGGUUGUGUAACAUUCUGUUAAAGGCAUAUUCUUGUUUCAUCCCUAAGGUUAUACAUGAUGGAAAUUUGUGAUUGAUUUGCACUUUAUACUAAACUCGCAGACAUAUAUACCUGUGUGUGUAUAUGUGUGGGGUUUCUCUCUGUGCUGACAGGUUAACAAAAGAUACGAAUACAUCAACUAUGUGUCUUUUACUGUGUAAUAAACUAUGAUCAGAUCUGGCAUACAGUA